UGAGUUUCUUCCAUGGAGUUCAAUACUAGCUAUAUGUACUGGAAUGGCUACCUCUUUCAGCUCAAAAGACACUCUAUGGAAGAAUAUGAAGAGAAUGAGGACCAAUACGAAGAUAUUGUUAAUGUAUUGUCACUGAAUACAACUAGUCGCCAAUGGAAGCUCAUUAAUGGAAUCAGUCAUUCCUCAGUUGCUGAUGUUGUGUUAGCAUAUGAUGAAAAGAACGACCUCAUUUGUCCUCAUCUUGUCAGUCUUGUUGGUGUCGAUAAAACAUUUUAUUAUGCUGUUUCUGUUUGGGAUGGGUGUGGUUUUUCUCAAGAUGUCACGCCCAUUUUAGAAGCUGAUUUCCCCGAUGUUAAUUAUGCAGUUCAAACGUUCCAAGAUGGCUACCUAUUUUUGUUCUCUUCCUCUAAUCUCUUACAUUCAAAGCCAUAUGACUGCCCAGGUUUUAAGCAGUGGCGCUGUAGCUGGCCACAGAUACCUCCAAACUCAGUUUAUGCUGAGCUGCUAGUAACUCGUCAAACCGGUUUAAAAUACGAGUUAGUAAGUGUGAACUACGAAGGUGAAGUGGCUUAUUCUCUAUUGACGGAUUCCAUUAAUUAUAUUCCACCUGAAUAUGCCCAUAUAUUAGUGGGUGUGGUCACUCAUUUGUACUUAAGAGCUAAAAAAGGAACUUGUGGCGGAGUUGAAAGAUUCGAACUUCAUCCUUUAUUCAUCAUCAGCACAAGCAAUAGUCAGGUUCUCAUUCUCGAUAAUGGGAACGUUAAAACUUUGGUACCAACUACUCCUCAUACUUGCACCAGCAUCAAAACAAUGCAGACUCCUGAUGGUCAGUUGGGGUUAAUCAUUACUACUGAUGCCUCUAGUCUACUCACUUAUAAGGUUUCUUAUGAUGUCAUUGAGAGGGAGGGGCUGACCACACCUCCUAAGUUAUGGGAUGCAUGGGAAGCGGUUGAAGUGGCUUUGGUUGGCGACUUCAUGAGAAGAGGGUCCGAUCAAUUAUUAAUAAUAUUUAAUCAAGAAAGUGAGAAUUAUUUAUUUCUUUUUAAUGUUCAUAAUUAUCAUGAAGCAUAA